AUGUCUUUGACCUCUGCACUGCUCAAGGGCAAGACCGUCGAAAGCUCCCUCGACUCGCUCUUCAAGAACUCUGCUGGACCCACUAAACCUCAGGCACCAAUUGCUGCCAAGGUGCGCCAACCAUAUCCCGAAGACUUGACCGAUCAGCCCAAGAAGAAGACAAAGACCCCUAAGCCUAAAGUCCAGCACGUCUCCAAGAAGAACAAGAACGACGCCGCUGCACAGGAGGAAUCCAACAACAACGACAACGACAACGGUUUCGAGGAUGACGAGGACGAGGAAGAAGAAAACAGUAAUAAGAAAAAGUCAGGAAAGAAGAGCGUCGAGGAGAAAUACGAGGCCAAGGUCGCUGCCACAACAACAAAGCCCGUCAAGGAGUCCAAAAAGGCCAGGAACGCACCCAAGGAGACCAAGGACCUGAUCGAACAACAGUCCAAGCACGAAUACGGCGAGGAUGUCGACAUGGAAGAGUCCAAGAUCGAGGAUCUCGUCCACGAGUCUUUGAAGAAGCCCGUCAACAACAAGCGCAAGGCAGAGACCGAGACUAAGGAAGCCGCAGCAUCAACAAAGAAGGUCAAGAAGGACAAGAAGGCUUCAUCAACGACAGACGGAGGCGAUUCGGACGACGAGGAUACUUCACCCGACACCAACAAGGAUGGCACCAAAAAGUCGGACGACCCCGAGAGACAGGCCAGGACAGCAUUCGUUGGCAACUUGGCAGUUACCUCGAUGACCAAGGGAGACUUCAAGAAGCUCAAAGCUGCCUUUGCUGCCUUCGGACCCGUCGAGUCGAUCCGUUUCCGUUCGAUCGCCUUCGCAGAGUUGCUGCCCCGUAAGAUCGCUUUUAUCACUGGAAAGUUGCACCCCGAGCGUGAUGUCUUGAACGCCUAUAUUGUCUUCAAGAGCAAGGCAUCUGUCCCUAAGGCUGUUGCCGCCAUGAACGGCCAGCUUUUCUUGAAUAAGCACAUCCGUGUCGACACCGUCGAUGGUGCCAAGAAACAUCAACCCAAGAAGAGCGUGUUCGUUGGAAACUUGGCAUUCGAUGCACAGGAGGAGGAUCUCUGGGAGUUUUUCAAGGACUCGGGAGACAUUGAGAACGUUCGCAUUAUCCGCGACCGCAAGACCAACCUCGGCAAGGGCUUCGCCUAUGUCACCUUCCAGGACCGCGCCUCGGUGGAUGUGGCUCUGAGACUUCAUGAUACCAAGAUGGGCACGCGCAAGAUGCGUGUGGUCCGCUGCAAGCGUUUGGAGGAGGAGGCCAAAACGGACGGUACUCAGGCCCGCACCAAGACUGGUGUUACCGGUGCCGGUGGCAAGAGGGGCAAGGAUGGCAAGCCUGCGAGAGCACAGCAUGCGCCUAUUGCGAUGGACGGAGCUGCUAAGCGUCUGGCGUUCAAGGACCGCAAGACCAAGGAGAAGCAUAUCUUGAUAAAGAAGAAGGUUGGCGGUGUUGUUGAAGGAGAGCGUGCGCAGAAGGGGGCCAAGGUUGAUCUGGGGAUCAAGAAGGGCAAGUCUAAGGUCAAGGCCAAUAUCCCCAAGAAGAAGGUCGUCAAGAAGUAG